AUGAAUAAUAACACCAACAAUAUCAGCGCAAACCAAACUUUUAGUUUUCCAAAAAAUUUGAAUAAAUCUUCAAACUAUGACACUACUCCCACACCAAACAUUGAACAUUCUUCAACCAACAAGAAGUUGAAUUUACAUCAAUUCUUUCCUCCAACCUUUGCAAAAACCUCAUUUUUCUCAACUCCAACCACACCGAUUUCCAAUAUAAAUAAUAACUCAAAUAGUGCGAAAGAAAAACAACCAGUCAAUCCUGCCAAUCAAAGUAAUAAUAUUACAAGUGUCCAAACAUCUUCAAAUUUAUUGAAUACAAAUGGAAAUCAAUUACAGCACAACCAACAUAAUCAAAAUCAACAACAACAACAACAACAACAACAACAACAACAACAACAACAUCAGCCGCAACAACAGCACCAGCAACAACCACAACAACACCAAUUACACAGUAACUUUAAACAAGUUACCAGUGACAACUCUGCUUUUAAACCAAUCACUCCACAACUAAACAGUAGCAUUUUUAGUUACUCACCUUUUCCAGAAUUGAAUCUUAGUAAAGAUCCUAUAUCACCAAUACUCGAUUCUAGAUCUAUGAGUGUCACUCAGUUUUCAUUUGACAAGACAAACAACAAUACACCCUAUAUAAAUACAAAUCAUCAUUCAACUUCUCAUCAAAAGGUACUACCUAAUCAAGAAUCAUUCACUGAUAAGGAACCAUUGAAUCAGGAUGAAAUAGAAGCGCCACUGAGAUCUUUUAAGAAGCUUUUGAGUUCUAUUGGUAUUUAUAAAGAUAUAGAAGAUUUAGAGGUUGAACAUAUAAAGAGUGAGAGUUGUAUUGAACAAUUGAGCAAGAGAAUCAAAAUGAUUGAGAAUGAAUUGAAUUCAAAAGAAGAUAUGAUCAAAUCUCUUCACAAUGAGAAGCAUAUACUAUUGUUAAAGUUUAAUGAUGUAGAUAUUCAAUUUAGUAAGAUCAAUGCUGAUCUUAAAUCAACAGGUAUUCUUAUUUCUACAACCAAUGAGAUACUUAAUGAAGUUGAAUCAAAGAGAGAUAAAUUAAAUGAAAUGCUAGAGGAGAUUGAGAAUCAAAAUAGACAAUCAACAGAGUUUAUUCACAGUUUUAAAGCGAAACUUGAGAUUCAGACCAAUCAAAUUUUAUCUCAUGAAGAUACUAUUAAAGAUCAAUCAGAUUUCAAAUCUUUGAUGAAGAAGAAAUCAUGUUUAGAUAAUGAACUCACUACCAAGAAUGAGGAGUUGGAUAAACAGAGCAAGAAGAUUGAGAGUCAUACUGAUCAAAUAUCACAAUUGUCGAGUGAAUGUCAUAAUCUCCAAGAAUCCAAGAUUGAUCUUGAAAAGGAACUAGCUUCUCUUAAAUCGCAACUACAGGAGAAAUCAGAUCAAUUCGGCAGCAUUUCAAAAGAAUUCUCUGCACUCCAAUUGUAUUUCGAAAACCAAAAGAAUCUAUAUACAAACGAUAGAGAAGAUUUUGAGUUGGAAAAGGAAAAGAAAAAUGAACUUAUCAGUCAACAACUUUUUCAGAUUGAAGCAUUGAAGAAAGAAAAGGAAGAAUUAAGUUCAUUCAAGUCGAAUUUCAAUCAGUUGGAGUUAGUGGUGCAACAAAUGACUGAGAAGAAUGAUUAUCUUUGUCAAAAGAUUGAAAGCUCGGAUGAGAGAAUUCAAUACUUGGAGAAAGAUGCCGAGGUUCAAUUCGAAGAGAAUAAGAAACUAAUGAAUGAAAAGAACUCUCAGGAUAGCGAAAUGAACCUACUUCUACUCAGAAUCUCAGAGAAAGAAAAGAAUAUUCAGUCGCAAGUCUCCAAACUAAAGGAUCUCGAAAGUAGUUUGGAAAAAUCUAUAAGAGAUAGAGAAUUACAAUCCAAGAAACUGAUGGAGAAGAGCAACCAAAUUGAUAUUAUGUCAGAAAGAAACAAUCAAUUGAAAAUGGAAAAAGAAAGGCUAUUGGAUCAAAUGGAUGAAUUGCAAAAAUGUUUUGAUCAGAAAUGUAAAGAGUUAUCUUUACUGAAUGAACAACAACAGCAUCCUUUACAAAGACAACACUCAUUUCAAUCCAGCCAACUGGAGAUAGUGCCCUACUUCCAACCAAGAGAAGGUAGAACAGUUUCAACUCCACCACUACCAGACUUUACUCCAAGUCUUCUGGCUGACCCUCCAACAUCGUCACCACCACCACAACCAAAGAUCAUUGAAAAGAACAGCAAUCAUUUAGGACAACAGACACCAGGCAUGCCAACUGAGAAAACUUCUAAAGUUAAAUGUAUUGUUAAAAGAAAAAUAACAAAACCAGUAGCAUCAAAAAAUAUGAAUAAUGAAUAA